AAGCUCUUGAUUUCUUGCUUCAAAUGUCGUAAGGUUUGCCUUCCACGAUUAUUCUUAUCGAAGCCACGGGGUAUAUCUCACUUCAAAUGGUCUCUGCAGCUCAGGUUUUUUAUCGCACAUUGAAGAUACGAUAGACGUAGGUAUCUAUCAUACAUGGGGAACAGAUCCAAUGAUGAUUUUACUAAAGAGGCUUUACGUCAGUUCAACAAGAAUGAGAAUUUUCAAACUUACCUUCUUGUUACUUACCAUCUUAGUGAUUCUCUCUGCUGUGGAUGUCGGUGAAUGCGGAAUUUUCAAGAAAAUUGGAAAAGCUAUCAAAAAAGUUGGAAAAGGGAUUGGAAAAGGGAUUGGAAAAGUUGCAAAAUUUACAUUCAAAGCAGCUCCCAAAGCGUUAGAGGUUGCCGGCGUUGCCAGUAAAUUCGUAUGACAUUGAUAUAUCGUGCUCGAUUGUCGAUAAACCUUGGCAUUGUGAUUCAAGUUGUAAUACAGUUUUAAGUUUUCAAGCCGUCGACCAAGGUUGGUAGCAAGACUUUAUUAUGCGAUAAGCCAACGUUUCGGC